GCACUGUCAGGUGUGUGUGUUUUGUGGUGAAGAGCUGAGGUGUUGGGGCAGGUGAAGGUCGGGGAACGUCUGAAGACAAGAUGCCGGUGAGGCGGAUUAGAAACGCGGGAAGUGCCCAGGAUAAAGAGCAGCAGAGCCGGGAACUGCGGAAGGCCACACUGGCGCUUUUCAUCCAGCAGUUUGAAAAAGAAGCGGAAUAGCGCAUGAAAGAGCUGGAGGCCAGACUGGAGAACACGUUGGCCACAGUGGACAAAGUGUUUCAGGUGGAGCUGAUGAAGAUGCCGCCUCCUCUUCGGAGCGCGCGCAUUGGGGAUUUAAUUAGCGAGGAGGAGAUCUCUGCCAGUGAGGUGUCAAUCGCCUUGAAGAAUGAGUGUCCCGAGAUGCACCGGCCCCUGAAGAGGGUACCCAGUAAACGAGUUUUUGUAGUAAAACCGACUGCUGCUCCAUCAGAACAGCCUCCACCAGUCCAGCGGGUCUCAUCCAAGGCCUCCAAGGGAGGAAAUGGGAAGAAAAAGACCAGAACGUUAACUGGCAGCGCUGGAAGCCUCAGGGCUUCCUCACUUGCUCUCAAACGAACACAAAGCCUCCUGGACAAGAACAAUGAGCAGACUGUAAGGACCAAACCUAGACUCAGGUCAGUGUCUGCUGGUGAUCUGCACUGUGCAAUGCCAGGCUCUGCUGCACACAUCACUGUCACCACCGCACAGGGACAGGCUGUGUGCUUUUCUGAAGAGACCAAGGAUGAGAUCAACUUGGACUUGCUAGAUGAUGUUGCAUGGUGCCAGAUUCAGCAGCUCAAGAAUCUGAUGGAACAUCUGUCCAGGCGAAGCCGCAGCCAGCGAUGAGUGAAGAAUGCCUCAUCACCAGAAUGUGUGUUGGCUGUCUUGUUUUUAAAAAGUAAUAAAGUAUGUUAUUCGGUGUAGAA